AUGUACCACUUACUCAAGACGCUUAACGUAUUUGCUUGUUCCGAGGGGCUGAUGAGCUACGGGACGGCUGCCGAUGUUACGUCACUAGACGAGGACUUGAAGUUGCUGCGUGAGCGUAAGUUCUCUCAGGAGUCCAUUGAGGAUAUCAAACGCUGGGUUUUUCAGUCAGUUCUAGAGGACCAGCAGCCAGCACAGUCGCUGCUCGAGAGUCUCAAGGACGGUACCGUCCUGUGUAGGCUGGCCAACCGAUUGUACAUCGCUGAUGUCGGGGAUGGAAGAGAACUAAUCAAAUGGAGAAAGUCGACUAUGCCGUUUGUGCAAAUGGAGCAGAUAUCGCAGUUCUUGGGCUUUGCGCGGUCCUAUGGGGUGCCCGAGGACGAACUGUUCCAGACAGUCGAUCUGUUCGAGGAGAAGGAUCCCGCGAUAGUAUAUCAGACGUUGAAGUCGCUGUCGAGAUAUGCAAACAAGAAGCAUCCGCAGAAAUUUGUCGUCUUGGGACCGCAGUUGGCGACCAAGAGGCCUCGUCCGCCAGUCAAGCAGAAACCUAGCCACCUGCAGACCGGUUGGAGUACCACGGAGUACGGAUACAUGGGCGGAGCUUCGCAGAGCACAGAGAAAGUCGUGUUUGGUCAAAGAAGAGACAUCAAGUGA